AUGAAAGGAAUAAAGCUGCAGAGUUUACCAUUUUUUUAUAGGAAACACAGGCGACAUCGUAACCAGUUAGAAGCAAGCGAUGAAAUCGUGGCUCAAGGCGAUCAAAACAUUGCUCAUCGUCAAUCAGAAGUACGAAGCGAAAUCGAUAUGGAAAGUGCGGUGGCGACGCGUUGCACCCUGCAGCUGAAUCCGUCUGACUCCCGCUCGUCGAAUUGUAUUUCGGAAGAACUCCAAGACGAAGAACAACAAUAUCAAGUAUUGUCGAACUCAGAGUUGCCCGAUCAAUGGUCGAAUGGUUCUAAUCAAUCAAUGAACACGACGCGAAAUAGAACGCUUACAAAACCAGUCAGUGCAACCUUGAUCAACACAGGAAAAGGAUCACAAGCUUCCAGUGAGGAUACAGCAAAUGGAGCAUCUGAUUCAGCUUUCGUCGACGACAACUCAAAUUUGCCAACGCUAGACGGAUCGAUGGCCAUCUCAGGCAAACAGAAUGUGGUCCAAUCGUCGAUGAGUCGAAUUCCUAUAGCCGCUGAUACUCCGAUAGCUAACUCGAUGAAAUCACUCAAGAUUAUCUUUCCAUCAACGUCUCAAGCCAAAUACGAGCCCAUGUUUCUUCUGGAGAAAAUUGCUUUUAUCUACAUUGAAUUAGUGGUCAAGCGCGGAUAUAAAGCAAUGACUAAUUGGCCAUUUCGUAACUUGGCUAGGUAG